GUGCCUCUUCCGUCUUGUCCAGCACUAACUAACGUUAGACUUAUAUAAAAUCAUGUUGCGGGGCUUCCGAAUAUGGAAAAACAUAUCGACGAGGAUGGGAUUCGAACCCACGCGUGCAGAGCACAAUGGAUUAGCAGUCCAUCGCCUUAACCACUCGGCCACCUCGUCAGGUGGUACCAUAUCAUUGUGCAAAUGGUUUUCUUCGCCAGUAUUAAAUUCCAGUUUGAACAUGGUGGACUCCCAGUAUUACCUCCCUAAUGACAUCGGUGUCUCUGCGCUGGACUGCAGAGAGGCGUUCCGCCUGCUGUCACCGCGGGAACAGAUGUACUCCCACUACCUCUCCCGGGCAGCCUGGUAUGGUGGCCUGGCGGUUCUGCUGCAGACCUCCCCAGAGUCUGCAAACAUCUUCGUGCUGCUUCAAAAGAUCUUCCGUAAACAACCAGCUGCUGAACUGGAGCCAGUCGCCAUGGCAGCUGGGCUUACCAGUGAGGAGUACCAGGCCUUCCUGGUAUAUGCAGCCGGUCUUUAUGCAAACAUGGGAAACUACAAAUCUUUCGGAGACACCAAGUUCAUCCCGAACCUACCAAAGGACAAGCUGAAAGCCCUGGUUUUCGCCAGCCAGGCGUUCACGGAGCAGCCCAGCGAGAUGGAGGCCCUGUGGGACAGCUGCUCCUCCGCCCUCUUCUCCCUGGAGGACAAACAGAAACAGCUGGGGCUGGGCAGCAAGGGCAUCACCACCUACUUCUCAGGGAACUGUGGUCUGGAGGACGCUGAGCUGGCCCAGAAGUUCCUCGACUCCCAGAACCUGUCUGCCUACAACACACGCCUGUUCAAAACAGAGAAGGGGGGGAAGAUGAGCUACGAGGUGCGCCUGGCGUCGGCUGUGAAGUCAGACUGCGCCAUCGACGGAGAGGGGGAGACGCGCUGCGGCAGCUUCAGCUUUGAAGACAAAGAGUUCACAGUGAAGAGGGGGGACUACGCCCAGAUCAUGGAGAAAGUCAGCCACUACCUCGAAAAGGCCCAGGCCCAUGCUGCCAGUGAGAACCAGAAGAAGAUGCUGGAGGGAUACCGGCGAAGCUUCACCUUCGGCUCCAUCGACGCACACAAGGAGGGCUCGCGCUUCUGGAUAAAAGACAAGGGGCCAAUCGUUGAGAGUUACAUAGGUUUCAUAGAGAGCUACAGGGACCCCUUUGGCUCCAGGGGAGAGUUUGAAGGCUUCGUGGCAGUGGUGAACAAGGCCAUGAGCGAGCGCUUCGCCAAGCUGGUGAGCUCGGCCGAGGUGCUGCUGCCCGAGCUGCCGUGGCCCCGGGACUUUGAGAAGGACACCUUCCUCAAGCCGGACUUCACCUCGCUGGACGUGCUCACCUUCGCCGGCAGCGGCAUCCCCGCCGGCAUCAACAUCCCCAACUAUGAUGACAUCAGACAGUCGGAGGGCUUCAAGAACGUUUCGCUAGGCAACGUUCUGGCUGUAGCCUAUGCUACUCAGAAAGAGAAGCUUACCUUCCUGGAGGAGGAGGACAAGGAUGCUUAUAUUAAGUGGAAGGGGCCGUCGUUCGAGGUGCAGGUUGGGCUUCAUGAGCUGCUGGGUCAUGGCAGUGGCAAGCUGUUUGUUCAGGACGACCAGGGCAAAUUCAACUUCGACCAGAACACUUUGAUCAACCCAGAGACCGGAGAGAAGGUGACCAGUUGGUACCGCGGCAACGAGACGUGGGACAGCAGGUUCUCCACCAUCGCCUCGUCCUAUGAGGAGUGCCGUGCCGAGUGCGUUGGCCUCUACCUCUGCCUCAACAAGCUCGCCCUCAGUAUCUUCGGCCACGAGGACCAGGAUGCUGAGGACGUGGUGUACAUCAACUGGCUGAACAUGGUGCGCGCCGGCCUGCUGGGCCUGGAGUUCUACACCUCGGAGAGCAGCAGCUGGAGACAGGCCCACAUGCAGGCCCGCUUCGUGAUCCUGCGGGUGCUGCUGGAGGCCGGGGAGGGCCUGGUGCGCCUGGAGGAGGUGGCGGGCGCCGACGGGCGGCCCGACGCCAGGAUCACCCUGGACCGCACCAAGAUCCGCACCGUGGGCAAGACCGCCAUCCAGAGGUUCCUCUGCAAACUGCAGGUGCUGAAGGCGACGGCGGACGUGGCGGGGGGGCGGGCCCUCUACGACGGCUACUCCGCCGUGACGGACAGCGGGCCGCACAACUUCCUGCGUCUGCGAGACACGGUGCUGCUGAGGAAGGAGGAUCGCAAGAUGUUCGUCCAGGCCAACACCAGGGUCCAAGGCGAGGCCGUGGAGCUGGUGGAGUACGAGGGCAGUGCGGCGGGCCUGAUCCACUCCUUCACCGAGCGCUUCCAGGAAGAUGCAGAGCAGCUGGAGGCAGACCUCCUGGAGCUCAGCAAGAGGGACUCCCCCUGCUGGUGCCAUUAGCGGCUGCGUUCCAGACACUUCCUUCUAAAGGGCAUAAUCCAAUUCUUCUUCUUCUCUUUAAACCAUGCAAUCCUACGUUACCAGUCAGAAUGCACUCGACAUAUUUUCAGUGAACCGAGUUCCAACCAAUAAGCCAUAGAUGCAACCAGACUCCAGAUCAAGGACUCUGCUGUAGACAACGGCUACGGUUUAAAAUAACAGGCUGAUAAACUCACGAUGCAAGUCAAACGAAGGACCUCAUUUGACCACGCACCUUAAUGAAUUGACUUUGGUUCGGCUUGUUUACUGUUUGGCGGUGAACCUGCGGCCAGUGCAGUCAGACUGCAAUGUUGAUUUAAACAAUAUGAACAUUUGGUGAUCAAUGCACACAGCACUGUAACUUGUGAUGAUCAGGUCUGCAUUCUGAGAAGGAGUUUGAUUUGGUCAAGAUAGAACUUAUUUGUGGCUGUCUCUGGUAGGCAACACAAACCUAUGUAAUCAACCUAUGUCUUCAGCAAUUAAUAAACGCUUUAAUAAGA